AUGCUUGUUGUGCAAUUGGCAGCCCGCUCGCAUCCGGGGUUAGCAGAGACAGAAGAGAGCUGCCGAUAUCAGGUAUCAAGCACUGCCGGGCGGUACCCAUACAUGGUGUCCAUACGGCGUGCAGGAAGUCACGAGCACGUCUGCACUGGCAUCCUCGUGCAUCCAAAAUACGUCGUGACGGCAGCCCAUUGUGUCGACUUCGAAUCUGUUUACAGUGCGGGGCGCAGACCCCUCGUGCAUAUUGGACCAACGUCAGUACAUUACACGGAUGAACGAGUGGAGAUGAUGGUGGUCGAAAGGACAGUCAUUCACCCCAGAUGGCAAGUUCAAAAACAGCAAAAUUCAGCCUUCAAUUUAGCUCUUAUGGAGCUUCCAAAACCAUCACAGCACCAGGUCCCUCACGUGCUUUCAGACCAUGUCCAUUUGCGGACCGGUCAGCAACUGAGUGCACUGGGAUGGGGAUCAUAUGAUUCCGGUCCCUCUCUCGGAGGAGACAUAUUUGGGGGACUCAAAAUUGAGAGCCAGACGUUUAUUGAUGGAAAUGGCUGCAAUCGAGCGAACUUGUGGAAUGGAAGCAUUCCAAGUGGAUUGGUCUGCGGGCUGAACGAAAUACAAAAAGCUUCAUGUCUGGUGGACAGCGGAGGUCCCCUGAUGCUUCUCGACAUGCCCAAUUACGACGUUCGACGAGGAGAUCCAAAAUUCGAUUUUCUCGCAGGCAUUAAUAUCGACGGUGAACCUUGUGGAUCUCCGGGAAAGCCAGAUGUGUAUCUGGAUAUCAGGGAACACUUGAAAUGGAUAGAACUGAGUAUUGGUGCUGACGGAGUAGAUAAAUAG